GCCGAGUGGUUAGAGCAUCGGACUCAAGACUGUCACGACGGCAAUCGUGUUUCCUUUAAGUGUGAAAGGCUCUAUGCAGCACACGAGUCCAUAAGCAGACGCCCAAGAGCAAAGCAUAAUUUCAUCUCACUGGAUACAUUGGAGGCCACAGACUGAAUGGCAGUCAGGAUUUGCGCCAUUACUUGGUGCGCAGGGCUUGGACAUUGCUGAGAAGGGACAAGGAACAGCUCAUCUGGAAUCUUGCUGUGGAGGUUGAAGGCCAUUUCUUAGUAAAUGACCUUCGUCCGGCCUACUAAGCCCUGGGAAAGCUUAACUCCAAGCCCUCCUCUCAGACGACUGCAGUUCGCUAGUGGAUGAAUGGAUCAUCUCAGAUCAUGAUGGGCUUUGUAAACCCCAUCAUGAUCAGCAGCUGUAGCAGGUAGACCUUCCAGCAGUUAGUCUGGACACAAGUGGUGUCACAAUCAGCGAGGAACCUCCUACCCUAACUGAGAGGGGUGGGAAAACUGCAGGCACAUGUGAUAUCCCCUGCUGAACUGCUAAAGGCUGGGGGUGGCAUGGGUCUUGAAUACGAUUUUGGCUGCCAUCUGGCAGUCUGGUUUCACUCCUCUGGACCUGCUGAGGAGCAUGGUCAUACCUCUCUGGAAGGGGAAAAGGGACCGAUGGGACUGUAGUAACUACUGUGGCAUCACAUGGCUUAGUAUGCCAGGCAAGGUUUUCAGCGACAUUCAUCUGAAACGGAUCCGUGACCACUUAUUAAGGCACCAGAGAUCGGAGCAGUCUGGAUUCACAUCUGGCAAGUC